UGUUGUACAUUAAUCUGAUGCACGAAUACAUUAAUCGUUAAGUAAGAUACAUUAUAUUUUACACAUGAUACACUAAUAUAAUAUAACUUUUAUACAUGAUAAGCUAAUUUAAUGCUCGAGAUACAUUGCAACAAGAUGAUAAAAUAAUUCAUCGGCAAUUACUUAUUUUGAUAUAGCAAUAUUAUUUUUAUCUUUGAUUAGAAAAUAAUUAAUUAAUUCUAAAAUAACUUAUUUCCGUUGUCUUCCCCAUUUACCCAACGUUUUUCAUAGGGCUACACCAUAGCUACUCAAUAGUUCAAGUUUCAAAUUCAAGCUCUUCAAUAUUUAAGAUUAAUAUCUCAAUUUCAAAUUAAAAUAAAUAAGAGUAAUAUCUCAACUUCAAGUUAAUUUAAUUUAACUACUAACCAGAUAUGCCUUCUGUAGCUUUUCCCUUAUGCAUUUUCCUCCUCCUACUCUUUGCAGCUUCUCCGGUCAUCGGCGAUGAGGAUUCUCAGUCCCCGACGGCAUACGAGAUUCUACAGGAAUACGAUAUUCCGGCAGGGAUACUUCCGAAGGGCGUAACAAGGUACGAACUCGACAAAACAACGGGCAAUUUCGCCGUUUACUUUAACAAAUCGUGCAGUUUCAGCAUAAGCGGCUAUGAUCUCAAGUAUAUGAGUAAAAUUACUGGUAAAAUCUCUAAGGAUCGGCUUGCGAACUUGAAAGGCGUACAGGUGAAACUGCUUUUUUUUUUUGUCAAUAUUGUGGGAGUUACUCGUGACGGCGAUGAUCUCGGUUUCUCCGUCGGUGUUUCUUCUGUUGAUUUUGCAAUUGAGUACUUCUAUGAACCGCCAGAGUGUGGAUGUGGAUUUGAUUGUGUCAAUUCUGGAGAAAACGGUACUGGUGAGUUCAAUUUAAAGCAGCUUAUCUCUUCCACUUGAAUUGUUAACUAAAAUUUUCAGAGAUUGGCUGUAAAUUCAGUUGAUUUGGGAUGGAAUUUGGAAUUAGGGCAACUUUGUAUUUCAGAAUCCCACGGGACUGGAAGCAUAUGCUUUUGAUGCUCCUUUAGAAUGAAUAUGUAUUUUUUUUCAUAUAUCUCCGUGGACUCUUAUGGAAAUUGAAAUAAAUAAAAUUUUCUUUUAUUCGCUA